AGUGUAUGAUAUUUGAGUAAAAGGUGUCAACCUUUUCCCGUGUUGUACUACUUCACUUCACUAAUAGGACGACUCCACUUGAGUUUCAGUAGUCCUUCAACUUUUGAGCAAUGGCUGCCAUCUCAGUUCCUCUCCUAGCCGUCCGAUCACCUCUAAACAACCUCCCAUUUCCAUCAAUCUUCAAUCUCAACCGUCCAUUUUCCAGUACUUCGCUCUCCUCCAAUAACUUCCGUCAUUUACAACUACUAGUCUGUUCUUCCACUACUUCUGACCAAGCCGUUACCGAAACAGCUUCUGGUUCUAGUUCUACCAUCAAUGUACAAAACGACGACGGUUUAGACACGACCCUUUUCGUUAUUCGGGCCAAGAACCGAAUUGGGCUUCUUCAAAUUAUUACCCGGGUGUUCAAAGUUCUCGGGCUUACAAUUGAGAAGGCUAUAGUUGAAUUUGAAGGAGAGUUCUUUCUGAAGAAGUUUUUUGUUAGUGAUUCUAAUGGUAAGAAGAUUGAGAAAGUGGAGCAUUUGGAGAGGAUACAGAAGGCGUUGUUGGAAGCAAUUGAUGGGGAUGAUGGUGGUGGUGGUGAAGGAGUUUCGCAGGCGGUUAGUGGGAGAGGCGUGAUUGUGAGGAAAGGUGGGCUGAUGAUGGAAUUUGGGGAUAGGAAGGCGAAAGCGGAGAAGAUGUUUAGGUUGAUGGAUGGGUUCUUGAAGAACGAUUCGAUUAGUUUACAGAAAGAUAUUCUUGAUCAUGUUGAGUUCACUGUUGCUAGAUCAAGAUUUAAUUUUGAUGAUUUUGAAGCUUACCAGGCAUUAGCACAUAGUGUCAGGGAUCGGCUUAUUGAGCGAUGGCAUGAUACUCACCUGCACUUUAAGAAGAAAGAUCCUAAGCGAAUUUACUUCCUCUCCCUUGAAUUUCUUAUGGGUCGGUCUCUGACUAACAGUGUCAUAAACCUUGGCAUUCAGGACCAAUAUGCUGAUGCCUUAACUCAGCUUGGAUUUGACUUUGAAGUCUUGGCAGAGCAGGAAGGAGAUGCUGCCCUUGGUAAUGGUGGCCUUGCUCGCCUUGCAGCUUGCCAAAUGGAUUCGCUAGCGACAUUGGAUUAUCCAGCUUGGGGUUAUGGAUUACGCUAUCAAUAUGGAUUAUUUCGUCAGAUCAUAGUGGAUGGUUUUCAACACGAACAACCCGAUUUUUGGUUGAAUUUUGGGAAUCCCUGGGAGAUAGAGCGUGUUCAUGUAUCAUAUCCAGUGAAGUUCUAUGGGACUAUUGAGGAGGAAGUUUUAAAUGGAAAGAAAUGUAAAAUUUGGAUACCUGGAGAAUCAGUUGAAGCAGUGGCUUAUGAUAACCCAAUACCUGGUUAUGGCACGCGAAAUGCCAUCAACCUUCGAUUGUGGGCUGCUAAACCUAGUGAUCAAUAUGAUAUGGAGUCCUACACCACCGGGGACUAUAUUAAUGCUAUUGUUAACAGACAGAAGGCUGAAACUAUAAGUAAUGUGUUGUACCCUGAUGACCGUUCUUACCAGGGUAAGGAGCUGCGGUUGAAGCAACAAUAUUUCUUCGUUUCAGCAUCACUACAAGACAUAAUAAGGAGGUUUAAGGAUUUACAUAGCAACUUUGAUGAGUUUCCAGAUAAGGUUGCUCUUCAGAUAAAUGAUACACAUCCAUCAAUUUCCAUUGCUGAGGUAAUGAGAGUGCUUGUUGAUGAAGAAAACUUGGACUGGAGUAAAGCAUGGGGCAUUGCUUGCAGUAUUUUCUCAGUCACCAUUCAUGCAGUACAACCUGAAGGGCUGGAGAAAAUCCCCGUGGAUCUUUUGGGUAGUGUUCUUCCUCGGCAUUUAGAGAUUAUAUAUGAGAUAAACCAUCGUCUCAUGGAAGAGUUAAAAAAGAGUUUUGGUCAGGACUAUGAUAGACUUUCCCGAAUGUCAAUUGUUGAGGAAGGUGCUGUGAAGAGUAUUCGGAUGGCAAACCUAUCACUUGCAUGUUGCCACACUGUGAAUGGUGUUUCCAGAGUGCAUCUAGAGACACUUAAAACACGAGUGUUUAAGGACUUUUAUGAGCUGUGGCCUCAGAAAUUUCAGUGCAAGACUAAUGGAGUAACCCAGCGCCGUUGGAUAGUGGUGAGCAAUCCUAGCUUGUGUUCGAUCAUUUCAAAGUGGCUUGGGACAGAAGCAUGGAUCCGAAAUAUUGACCUCAUAGCAGGUUUAAGAGAAUAUGCAAAAGAUCCUGAUUUACACACUGAAUGGAAGAAUAUGAAGAGAGUUAACAAAAUGAGGCUUGCUGAGUACAUUGAAACACUUACCAGUGUGAAGGUCAGUUUGGAUGCAAUGUUCGAUGUGCAGAUAAAACGAAUACAUGCAUACAAAAGACAACUGCUCAACAUAUUAGGUAUCAUCCACAGAUAUGACUGCAUUAAGAAUAUGGAUGAAAGUGACAAGCGAAGAGUUGUACCUCGUGUAUGUAUUAUUGGUGGGAAAGCUGCCCCUGGUUAUGAAGUUGCAAAGAAGAUAAUCAAACUUUGUCAUGCGGUGGCAGAUAAAGUUAACAACGACCCUGAUGUUGGGGAUCUCCUGAAAGUGGUUUUCAUCCCUGAUUAUAAUGUCUCUGUUGCCGAACUUGUAAUUCCAGGGAGUGAUCUUUCACAGCACCUAAGUACUGCUGGACAUGAGGCAUCUGGAACCGGAUGCAUGAAAUUUUUGAUGAACGGUUGUUUAUUAUUAGCAACUGCAGAUGGCUCAGCAGUUGAAAUUGCUGAAGAGAUAGGGGCAGCAAACAUGUUUCUUUUUGGUGCAAAGGUGGAUGAGGUUCCAGCAUUGCGAGAAAAAGGAACCACCCUCAAAGGUUCACUUCAAUUUGCACGAGUUGUAAGGAUGGUCCGGGAUGGUUACUUUGGCUUCAAAGACUAUUUCAAGUCGCUAUGCGACACUGUAGAGGAUGGUGGAGACUUUUAUCUCCUGGGAUAUGAUUUUGCUCGUUAUUUAGAGGCUCAGGCUGCUGCUGAUCGAGCGUUUGUCGAUCAAGUAAAGUGGACCCAAAUGAGCAUACUCUCUACUGCAGGUUCCGGGAAAUUUAGCAGCGAUAGAACAAUAGAAGAAUAUGCACAGCAGAGUUGGGGCAUCGAACCCUGCAAGUGCCCCUUUUGAUUUGCAAAACCAGAGGCAGACCCAUGUGGUGGGUUGGGGGUGCACAUGCAUGUUAAUUUCGGAAAAGACUCGAUAUAUAUGUAUAUAUACCUUGAGCUAUCACAUAUUUUAAGAGGACCCCUCAAACAUACACGUGUCAGGUCACAUGUUCAGCCUGCCACUUAGGCCCUUGAGCAUUGGCACGCGACCCAGCCACCAGGUUAUGUGGCGGAACCUGUAACCUGAUGUAAGCAAAAUGUGCCCAAACCGCAGUUCACAGAGUGAGUUUCACACAGUAUAGCUGUGCAUCUGCCUCAAAGUGGUGCCUCGUUAUCUUCAAAUCCCGGCUUCACCUCUACCUCUGCGCAUCGCCUUUCAUGUUGUGCCAACUUGGGUUCAAACCAUUGGUUUGUAUAACAUUAUUAACCGCGCGUCCUAAUUUGGCGAUGAAGAAGCAAUGACUGCAAGAAACAUUGCAAGGAAGCUCUUAUCUGCAGUUCAUCUGUAUGUCUCUUGGGAAUGCUGAUGUGAAUCAUGUAUCAUUGUAAUUUUUCUAGCAAGGGCUAGUCAGUUUAUUUGAAUUUCAACUUGUGGCAUGCAAAAUCCACAAUUAUAGGAUCUUGAAUCACAUAGAAUUUUGCUCUAACAUGGCUCAUAUCACAUGGAAAUAAAUUACACGAAGCUAAUUGUCAGAAACUUUAGGGUGAAAAUGAUUUUCACUCCCCCUCCCCUUUGAUUAAAACAAUAAUCAUACUCCUCUUUAUCUCAUGCAAUAUCCAUUUUGUCUUGUAAUGAAUAUUUUUUUAACAUGGAUAUUUAUUACAUUUUAUUUAA